CGAUGCCCUGCUAUCUAGAGACAAGGGCGGAACUUGGAAAUCUCUCUUCUGAAGACAGUGAAGUUCCAUGAUAAGUUCAUAUUUUCACGCAUGCAUGCAUUGCACAUUCUGUAGAACUUGAAGUUGGAGCGAAUUGGCUUGCAUUCCAAUGCCAAUGGGAGACGUCAAGGAGGACCAGCCGUCGGAGAAUGGCAAUGCCGGGGACUCUGCCCUGGAAGAGAAAUUGGACGUCCUAAGAAAACUUUUCAACAAGAGAGAUGAAGACCAGCUCAGAAUUGUGGGGGUUGGAGCGGGAGCUUGGGGGAGCGUCUUCAUUGCACAAUUGCAGAACCAAUACGGCCACCUGAGAAAGAAGGUGGACAUCCGAAUAUGGAGGCGGCCUGGGAAAGCGCUGAGCAAGGAGUUUGCAGAGCAGCUCUUCUCCAUUAUCUCUGGAAACGAAGACGUCAUGCGGCGGCUUAUACGCAGUUAUGCCUACGCCAAGUACGCGGAGGCGCGUCUGGGCGUUCGAACGCUGUAUGCGGACGAGAUCCUGAAGGACGGGUUCUGCGUUAACAUGGUCAAUACGCCGUUGUGCCCGCUCAACGUGGUCACCCACCUACAGGAGGCGACCUACCGGGCCGACAUCGUUAUUAACGGCCUGCCUUCGACGGAGACGCGGAAAGUGUUUGAGGAGAUCGGGAACUUUUGGCGGGAGCGGCAGGGGAUGCUACCGGUCGUGAUCAGCCUCGCCAAGGGCGUCGAGUGCGUGCUGCAGCCGCAUCCGCACAUACUCACGCCGUGCAUGAUGAUCCACCAGGCAGCGGGGCUCCCCCUAGAAAAUUGUCUCUACCUGGGCGGCCCGAACAUCGCGGCCGAAGUCUAUGACGGCGAGUACGCGAACGCGCGCCUGUGCGGGGCCGACAAGUGGCGCAAGCCGCUGGCGGAGUUCGUCCGCCAGAGGAACUUUGCGGUGUGGGACAACAGCGACCUGAUCACGCACGAGGUCAUGGGGGGGCUCAAGAACGUGUACGCGAUUGGUGCAGGCCUGGUAGCGGCUGUGACCCAGGAGAGCGCGACGAGCAAGGCGGUCUACUUCGCGCACUGCACGAGCGAGAUGAUCUUCAUCACGCACCUGCUAGCGGAAAAGCCGGAGCGACUUGCGGGACCGCUGCUGGCAGAUACCUACGUCACGCUGCUCAAGGGGCGUAACGCAUGGUACGGGCUGCAGCUGGGCAACAAGGCGCUGACGCCGGAAAUGGGCGAGAACAUCCCCGGCAAGGGCAUGAUCCAGGGCAUCUCCGCGGUGGGCGCUUUUUACGACCUGCUCAGCCACUCGGAGACCCCGGUGGAAAACCCCGAGACCGGAGAAAAGACGCAGCCCAUUGAGCUGUGCCCCAUCCUCAAGACCCUGCAUCGGAUCUUGCAUACGAGGGAAGCGGACCCGACGGCCAUCCUUGAAGCGCUACGAGAUAAAGACAACGUCGAUCCGAGCCACCGCAUCAUGAUGACGGUGGAGGGGGGCAAAGCGUACAACCCCGCCCUCCUUGCAACCGAGCAUUCGGCCGCAGAGUCGGCUGCACAUGCGCGUUGAUAGGAAGCAGUGUUUUUGAAACAUGCCCUUGUAAAUAUCGUGCUCGUUUUCGGUUCGCAUCAGGUAUAGGGUAUCCAAGUCAAAAGUAGUGCAUCCGAAAUCAGAAAGGUUGCUUGAGUUUAGGUAGAGAGAAGAGCUAGAUCGAAUGCGUUUGCGCUUUUUGUUCUUUCCGUUAGAAUACUGUAGUUCCCUGACAAACCCCGGGCUCAAGGCCGAGCAAUAGAUGCACCUAUACCAAAAAACUUCGCGGAUAUUGUUUUCAAUCAAAAGGCCAUAGCUUGAUUCAUAUUUGCGUUAU